AUGUCGACACCUACGAGGACACUGGGCCGCAACGGUCCCCAGGUCACGGCCGUCGGGUUCGGCGCGAUGAGCAUUGGUGGCGCGUACGGCCAGAAGGACACCGAAGCAGACAAGCUUGCCGUCCUUGAUCGCGCCCAUGCCGUUGGGGAGUGGUUCUGGGAUACCGCCGAUGUGUACUUCGACAGCGAAGACAUCAUCGGGAAAUGGUUCAAGCAAAACCCAGAGAAGCGCAAGGAUAUCUUCCUCGCGACCAAGUUUGGGCUGCAAUACACGGCAGACUUCAAGCAAAGCGAGAGAUCGGACCCGGAGUACGUCAGGGAGGCGUGCGAGAAAAGUCUCAAGAGGUUGGGUAUUGAGACCAUCGAUCUGUACUAUUGCCAUCGGGUCAACCGUGAGACACCCAUCGAGAAAACCAUCCAAGCUCUGGUGGAGUUGAAGAAUCAAGGCAAGAUUCGGUACAUUGGACUCUCCGAGGUCUCACCAUCGACUCUUCGUCGCGCCUGUGCCGUCCACCAAGUCUCGGCACUGCAAGUCGAGUAUAAUCCCUUUGUGCUUGACAUUGAGAAGAACGACCUUCUGCGCACGUGUCGUGAGCUGGGUGUUGCCGUCGUCGCGUACUCCCCUGUUGGGCGGGGAUUCUUGACCGGACAGAUCAAGACCCUGCAAGACCUGCCGGCCAAUGACUUCCGUCGCUUGAUACCCAAGUACUCUCCCGAGAACUUUAGCAAGAUCAUGGAUCUUGUGUACAAGUUUGAGGCCGUGGCAAAGAACCACGGAGCCACGCCUGCACAAGCCAGUAUCGCCUGGCUGAUGGCCCAGGGGGACGAUAUCAUCCCGAUUCCCGGCACGAGGACCAUCAAGUAUCUGGAGCAGAACACUGCCGCGGCUAGUCUGAAGUUGACUGAACAGGAGGUCCAGGAGCUGAGGGUGGCGGCUGAUGCAACUGAAUUACUGGGUGACCGAUAUCCGGCCAUGAUGAUGGGACCCAUUAUGGGUGAGACAGUCCCCUUGUAG